GCAAUAUAUGCCUUAAGCAGCACUACUACAUUUCUCACGUGUAAGAUUUAAGAUUUUGUUAUUCUCUAAUUUUUGCUUUAAAUAACUUAAAAUGAAACGCCUGAGUGACGAACGUGCCAAGAUAUUGUUUGAACACCUGUCCAAAUACAUUGGUACCAACGUGAAGCAGUUGAUAGACAGACCGGAUGGGACAUAUUGCUUUAGGGAGCACCGAGACCGUGUUUACUAUGUGUCCGAGAGGAUCCUCAAACUGAGCGAAUGUUUUAGCUUCAAGCAGCUUGUGUGUGUGGGCACCUGCUUUGGCAAGUUCUCCAAGACUAACAAACUGAAGUUCCACAUAACCGCUCUGUAUUAUUUGGCACCAUACGCCCAAUACAAAGUGUGGGUUAAGCCCUCCUUUGAGCAGCAGUUCCUCUACGGAAACCAUAUUCCAAAAACGGGACUUGGACGCAUCACUGAGAACGCAGGACAGUACCAGGGUGUGGUGGUAUACUCUAUGAACGAUCUGCCUUUGGGUUUCGGCGUCCUGGCGCGUUCCACAACGGACUGCAAGACCGCCGAUCCCAUGACCACAGUUUGUUUCCACCAAUCGGACAUAGGAGAGUACAUUCGCGCCGAGGAUACGCUAUUCUAGAUCCCUAGAUGCUAAGUUUUUACAUGUUUUAGAGAAAUAACGAUGCGUAUAUUAAUAAGAAUGCUGAGAAAAAACAUUUU